AUGCCCUUGAACAUCGUGAUCCAAGUGGUAGGAUCCCGCGGCGACGUCCAGCCCUUCCUCGCUCUCGCCGCCACCCUCCUCAAAUCAGGCCACCGCGUCCGCAUCGCAACGCACCCCCAAUUCUCCUCCUUCGUACUCGCCAACCCGAACCUCGAAUUCUUCCCCGUGGGCGGCGACCCCGCCGACCUGAUGGCCUAUAUGGUCGAGUCCCCUUCUCUGAUCCCGAAAGUGUCCCAGAUCCGCGCCGGCAUCAUCCAGCGGAAGCGCGACAUGUACACCGAGAUGCUCGACGGCUUCUGGCGCUCCUGCGUCCACCCGGACCCGCUGACCAACGUGCCCUUCGUGGCCGACGCCAUCAUCGCCAACCCGCCGAGCUUCGCGCAUGUGCAUUGUGCCCAGGCGCUCGGAAUCCCGGUGCACCUGAUGUUUACGAUGCCGUGGAGCAGCACCAAGGCGUUUCCGCACCCGCUGGCGAACGUGGGGUACUCGAAGGAGGAUAAGAAGAGCACAAACUUUGCGUCGUACGCUGCUGUGGAGUUCUUGACGUGGCAGGGAUUGGGAGAUUUGGUCAACGCGUGGAGAGUUGCAUCACUAGGCUUGGAGCCGGUCCCCUCGACAGAAGGCCAUCGCCUGCUGGAGGUUCUGCAAGUUCCGUUCACCUAUUGCUGGUCGCCAUCACUUGUUCCGAAACCCAGCGAUUGGGGUUCGCACAUAGACCUCAGUGGCUUCUUUUUUCGAGAUCCGGCACCGUAUACACCAGACACAGACCUCGAAGCCUUCCUAAGGGCUGGUCCCCCGCCUAUAUACGUCGGAUUCGGCAGCAUCGUUGUUGGGGGAAUUGAGGGCCUGAUGACCAUGGUUCUCAGCGCUAUCAAGGCGACUGGCGUCAGAGCCAUCAUUUCGCGUGGAUGGAGUAACUUGACGGGAGAAGAGUCUUCAGACGUGUUUUAUGUGGGUGACUGUCCGCACGACUGGCUCUUCCAGCAAGUUGCGGCGGUGGUUCAUCACGGAGGGGCUGGCACCACAGCAUGCGGUUUGCGAUACGGGAAGCCGACGACCAUCGUGCCGUUUUUUGGAGAUCAACCGUUCUGGGGCGCCGUCAUAGCCAAGGCUGGCGCCGGCCCAGAUCCGAUUCCUUACCGUUCCCUCACCUCGCAGAAACUCAUUCACGCGAUUCAAUACUGUCUAUCCCCAGACGCCGUGACGGCCGCAAGGCAGCUCGCCGAGUCCAUGGAGAAAGAGAACGGCGUGCAAUCUGCAGUCGAUUCGUUUCACAAGCACCUACCGCAGCCAAAGAUGCAGUGCGACUUCUUCCCCGACCAGCCUGCGGCCCUCAUGUACGGCAGGGGGAAGAAGCAGGUCAAGAUGUGCCGGCCGGUUGCUUCGAUCUUGGUGAAGAAUGGCAAGGUGGAGAGGAAGCAGCUCAAGUCAUACCGGUCGAAACCGACGAAUAUCGAGAACCAGAGAUGGGACCCCCUGACGGCACUAUCCGCGGCUUCAAUCUCGACGAUAGUCAAGAUGGCCGGCGCCACGGCAGACAUCAUUGUCAAGCCGUUUGAAGAAUACAAGCGAGGCAGCGAGUCUAAUGAUAAGCUGGCGGUGCCUGGUCGACCGUCGAACGGCGAGCUGGACAAAAAGGCCGAAGCCGAUGCCGAAAAUAUUCGCAGACACAGUCAAGCACCGGCGUUCGCGAUGCUUCCUCUGCCAGGCGUAGGCGUUCCAGAGGGCGGAGACCUCAAACCCAUGAGUCGCCCGGCAUCAUCCUCAUCUCGAGGAGACGAGUCCUCCAGCAAGCCGGGGGCCAUGGCAGUAGCAGCAGCGAACGGUGUUGGAAAGCUCGCGGGCAAUGCGACGAAGGGUCUAUUCGUGGACAUCCCGCUCGCCGUCACGGAGGGUCUCAGAAAUGUCCCAAACCUUUACGGAGAUACCGUGAAGAAGCAUGACGCUGUGGAGGACUUUCGCAGCGGGGUGUCCGUCGCCGGCAAGACCUUCUGUCACGACAUGAAGGGCGGGUUUACGGACAUCUUCGUGCACACUUACACUGGCAAAAAGGAGCAGGGCGCAGCCGGAGCCGUCAAGGGGUUGGGCAAGGGCGUCGUGAGCCUUGUCACGAAGAGCACGGCAGCCACGUUCGGCCUCGUGACCUACCCUGCUCAGGGGAUUUACCGAAGCAUAUGGUCUGCCACGAACGACAAGACGCGAAGAAGCAUUGAGGACGAGAAGCUACUGGAAGGUGAUUGGAUGGUGUCGAUGAGCCCAACGUGGAAAAUGGACCAUGCCGCCAUUGUCGAGGACUUUGACGGUCUACGUGGGGCGAGAGGCGGGUAA